UAUAAUCUUACAAAUUAACUAAUUAACAUAUAUAUCGUGUUAAAAAUUUGGAAUUAUUAUGUUGCUCAAUUGCACCUCUCUAUCUUGCUUCUUGAUCGCAUUAAAUAAAAUUCGAUUCUCUCGCUCUCGUUCGAGCGUUCGACUGUACUACGAAAUGGUGUUAGUUGUCACUUUAGAGCAGUGGAUUUUUUCGUGGUUAUGUUCGUCUGAAUCGCUAAGUUUCAACCAUCCAAAGCAGUGAAAAUUUACAUUUGCUUUCAAUUGAAAUCGAUAUAUUUUCUAGAAACAUGCUAUGAAACACGAUUAGUUCUAAGAUUACAAAAGACCUGCAAAAACGUGGUGAUGUAACUGUGUGUGCAGUGACGAAAAACGCGAAAAGAAAAAGAAGUUUCUGAGCUAAAAAUUACGUUCACUCAGCGACGUUGGCCGUUUUUACCUUCAGUUGUAAAGAGAUCUAAUAUGGCGCAGUAGAUUCUACGUGUAAUUUUGUGGUUUAGGUUGAAUUAGCAUAUUCAAAAUGGAUCAAACUACGUUUACAAUUUGGGACCCAUCUCAACCUAAUGCAAAGAUGCGAAUCAUAAACAUUUCCGGCAAAGGCACUACACAGUUAGUUGAAUCUAUUCCCGGAAUCGAUAAAGCUACCGGGUCUGCAUCAACGGGAACCGAGCAAAUUAUUUUCCAGACUCACAACGGCCAAGAGUUUCUUGUUGAUGAAAACGAAAUUAGUCGAAUUGAUCAGAUUCCACCAGAAAAUUUAAUCUACAUGGCUGCAGAUGAUGGUUCGCUCAUUCAGGGUGAAGUUGUUCAUGUCCAAGAGGAAGAAGGAAUCGCUGAUCAACAAAUUCACAACGACAUAGUUGUUCAGCAGGGAGAGGAAUACAUGGAAUGCGAGGUAACUGAGGAGGUGAUUACGGACGACUGGGUUCAAACGGAUGGACAGGAUUGUGUCCAGGUUACCGUCGAUCAGUUGGGAGCUACGGCAGUGAUAGGUGCAGUAGAAGACGAAGUCACCGUUCCGCUUCCCACAGAUCAAGACGAGUACACAACAUCUCGUCCGUAUCCCUGUGAUUUCUGUAGCCGUCGUUUUCGGAAGAAGGCAAACCUGAUGAAUCACAUGGUUGCUCAUUCGAAUGAUAGACCCCACAUAUGCAAUCUCUGUGGAGCACGUUAUAUGCGAAGGUGUGAUUUACUAAAUCAUUUAAAACUCCACGCCUAUUCCACCGAUGAGCCGGAGGAACCAUUGAGAAGUGAUCCGGAGGAUGAUUAUAGGUAUGAAUUCAAUAACACAUCCUCGAGAGAACAAGAAAUGCGUUCCCCAUCAGUGGAAGAGGAUGAAGAACUACUGGUUCCUGCUGCAACUCAAUACAGAACACCAAAAUUAAAACCUGCAAGAAAACCACGUGCCAAACCCACUGGAAGUGCUGGGCGAUCAAUGAAGAAGUCCACUCCAAUUAACCAUCGCUCUCAGCAAUUUGAAAAUAAAUUCAGCGUUUCUGUUGAGCCUUUCGUGAAUCUUCGUCCUCGGUUCCCGGUCACAGACGAGCGAAAGCCGUUCGUCUGUCAGCAUUGCGGAAUUUCUUUUGCGCGAGAGAAAGCUCUUGCCUCGCAUGCCCGCAUUCACGGAGGAGACUGCCAAUUUGAAUGCGAAUCGUGCGGUGACCGGUUUUGGGACAAAACUAUGCUGCAGAAUCAUGUACGGCAACGACAUGCCGCGAAUUUAGUAGUCGCCUGGACUGAACAGUCAGGUUCUACAGUGUACAACACAGAACUUCCCGAAGCGGUUGAACUGAACGCUGAUGAUGAAAGUAAUGAGCGGCACUAUUACUGUGACAGUUGUGGAGUGAUAUUUCAGAAGCAAGAUCAACUCAAGCGCCACAUAAAGCAAGCUCACGGUGUGAAGGAGCAAAAAUGCGAAAUCAUUAAUCAGAUUGUUCAACAACAUUACCAGCAACCGUUGGUAGAAGACGAUGAGGAAAGUGGGGACCAGUGUGAUGAAGAUGAGUCACAACAGCCAUUAUCUUGUAAUGUAUGUGGUGAGAAAUUUGCUGAAGCAUUGGAUCUACUAGCUCAUGCAGAGGUGCACACUCGUUCUGAAUCUCACAAAUGUCAACUAUGCAUAGAAACGUUCGUCGACGAGAUUUCCAUCAAGGAGCACGUCGAAAAGUUUCAUAGAGCUGAACUAACGGACACUAGCUGUGUGGUAUGUGGUAAAAGUUGUAAAAAUCAUGCUGCUCUUCUGAAACACUCAUGGGAACAUACGAGAGAACGAUCGAGCUACAGCACUCACUGUUGCUCUAGGUGUGGUAAGACGUUCUACAAUAAGGCACGCCUAAAACGGCACAUGGUUUCCCAUCGAAACAAAUCGGUAAAGUGUGAAAUAUGUUUAGAAGAAUUCCCGGAUGGCAGAAGUUUGAUGAAUCAUAGGCACUCACACACCAAGUCAAGACAGUUUCCCUGUAGUGAAUGUGGGAAAACCUUUGGUUCGCGAUCUUCGCAACAAAUUCAUUUGAGAAUUCAUUCCGGUGAACGUCCGUAUGGUUGCAGAUUUUGCUGGAAAGCGUUCGCUGAUGGCGGUACGCUUCGUAAACACGAACGUGUUCAUACUGGCGAAAAACCGUAUGGUUGUUCUGUAUGUCCACGAGCAUUCAACCAACGAGUUGUUCUACGAGAGCACAUUCGGUCUCAUCACUCUGCGCCGGACGGCAAGCGAGGAACAAACGAUCAGCCCUACUUUUGUUCCGUGUGUACACAACUAUUCGAAAGAUCUGCGGAUUUGAUACAGCAUUUAAUUCAACACAGCGAUUUAAAUACAGCUAUGAAACGGCAACCGCCAACAUUUCCGAGAAAGUACAAACGAAGGAAGAAGUUGAAUUCAAAUGAGACUGAAAAAGCUGUUCAUAGUAAAGGCAAAAGAAGAAAUGUCACACGUGUACCAGUCGAAUCACGUUCAACGAAAACAAAAGAAGACGAAGAGCUGUUGAAAAAUCCCGCUGCAAUAUUACUAGAAUAUGGAGCAGGCAAUUCAAGUAAGCAAUUGAUAGCUUCUCCAAAAUAUAUCGACUCAUACGAAUUACUAGCGUCAACAUCGCCGAAUUGCGCUAAACCUUCCAAUUUAGAUGAUAGUGGGAUAAAUCUGUUGAGUGACGUUGUACUGGUGAGCAAUAUGACUCAAGAAUCAAGAUACAAACCCAUUAAACAGGAAUCACCGAAACGUCGCACUACAACGGUAACCAACGCGUCCGGAAUUCAAACAAUCUCAUCCUCAUUUGUUUCGCGUCCACGAAUGAUUCAUACUCAGAAGACUAGAGUAUCUGUAAUCGAAGGAAAGCGCAAAACUAAAACUAUAAUAACCAAAGACAUCAAAAGUCAACCGGAAAGCGACGGAUACUCGACGAUGGAUUUUAAACGGACCAAGGGUCGAUCAGUGCCCACGUACAAUGAAAUACCAUCGGACAAAAUUUCCUCGGAGAGUUUUCCUCUGUUGGAUGAUGGCCGUGAGGACGACGGCGAUGUUGAAGAUAUAUCGGAGGAAAGACAGAAAACAUUAGAUGUCUUCUCUAAUGGUGCCAAUCAGAGGCAAAAUGUGCAUGGAUAUGAAGAACUCAUCAAUCAAAAUCUGUUGAUGGAAAUCUCUCGCAAAGAUAAGUACAUCGAUAAAUACAACAGUGAUAUAGUAAAUGAUUUGGAGGAAAUUCUUCGCUCACCGAUUAAAAGUGCCACAAACAUUGUUCAACUUAUGGCAACUCCUAAAUCAACUCAACAUAAUCCCAAUGAGAGUACUGAAUUCAUCGCAGAAAAUGGAGUGGAAGAAGAUUGCAAAUUUCCGCGCAGAUUGCAACCCGUGCAGAAAAAAAUUAGUAAGGAAGAAGCCCAACGUUCGCUGACAUCAGCACUUCGAAGUCAACGUUUAACACGUCGACAAUUGGAACGAGAAGUUAACUUUCUUCGAGAAGCAUACGCAUCUGAUGAUGCGACUGUAUUCAUCAAGCAGGAAAAAGAUAGUCCCGACAAACUGUCCUCUAUGCUGUUAGUGGAUGAUCGAACAACGACAGCCUCUUCUUCACCGCCAUUGAUUAAUCCUAAACUUGAGCCACUGCAAAGUAUGGCGACCGAAACCGUCGAAUCUUCCGAACCCAACCGAUUCGAAUGUGAAAUGUGUUCUGCCGUUUUUGAUGAUCGAUCCCAGUUACUGCUGCAUGUGCCGGUUCACAUAUAAAAUGAUUGAUUUUUAUUGUUAAAAAUACACAAUGGUUUUGUUAAUUUUUACCUCUUGUACUGGCAACAUAAAAUGCCAAUUAAAUUCUAUUAAAUGAAAUUAACAAAUACAAAGUUGUAAAAAGUUGAGUCAUGUAUAAAAAACAAUAUAUAAAUGUCACUUGCAAAAAAAGUUGAAAUAAAUAAAAUUGUGAAAUUAAAAAUGAAAAUUUUUUUCACUUAACAACAGAUUCUGGUACCAGCGGGAUAAAAAUAUGGAAAAUUGUUCGUUUUGACGGUCACAGGAAAACUUGCCAGGUUAAGGAUCGAAUGUAUUAUCUGAUCGUGCGUACCUCCUGAUCAAUCAAUCCAGGUUUAACAUAUAAAAUAUGCUAUUUAAAAAUAUCGCGCAUGCAAAUAAAUGUAUUCAUAUAAACACUCCAUAAGCAUGCUCAUAUUUCAUGUCAAUAUU